UAUUUCUGUUAUUAUUAUUGUUUGCCAUUUAAUUAAAGUGAUACUACGGUAACACCUUUAAUCCCAUUCAAAGUCAUUUAAUUCCCGCAUUUAAAAUCAUUCAAGAAACUUUAUUUCCAUCCGUUUUCUCUGUUGCAAUAAAAGAAAAUGUAACUUUUACAUGGGAGGACUUUUCUUUUUAUUAUGGUUGUACGAUAUAGAAAUAAUUUUACGUUAGUGUACAUAUUUUAUUUUAUCCGCUUGGGAGGUCGGUCUCGUCUCUGUUAGGUACUGUUGGCAUGUGGGUAUGUAGUGGCUCUCUGUUACACAUUGUUGGCAACAUAGGAAACUGUAUACUCCCUUAACCUAUGUAAAGAUAUGGUUCUCAAGAGACCUCAGUCAGCCUUCAAACCAUCUAGAUGGAACAGUUGAAAUAUAAGAUAGCUACCACGUGUGUAAACAUCUGCCAGAACUAAACAAUUUCAGUAAAAUGGUUGACAAGAGAAAGGAAACUGCAUAUUGAAAAGAUAAGGAAGAAUUGUGUGUAUUAGCUGCUGAUAUUUUUUUUUGUGAUACUGUACCUACUACCUAGAAGUAACAAGUAAACAAGUAUUAGACGGCAGGAUGACCACAGAAGAUAAAUUUCAAGCGGCUGUGAAUAUUAUUAGAAAUUUGCCUAAAGAAGGCCCCUAUCAGCCAUCACAUGACAUGAUGCUCAAGUUUUAUGGGCUGUACAAGCAAGCUGUUCUGGGGCCAUGCACAGAACCAAAGCCUGCCUUUUAUGAGUUGGUGAAGGGAUAUAAAUGGCGGGCAUGGUAUAGUUUAGGCAAUAUGACAAAAGAGGAGGCAAAGUUUUGUUAUGUGGAUGAGCUCAAGAAGAUUAUAGAAACUAUGUCAUACACAGAAGAUGUAGCAAAUUUCAUAGAUGUUCUAGGACCAUUUUAUGAAUUUAUUGAUGUACCGUUUCCUGGCAUGACUCCUAGAAAUAAUAAUACGAAAGGUUUACCAGAAGAUGACGAACCCAACAGUCAUAAUGGUGAUAUGGAGGGCACCAAUAACUUUGUAUCAAAUGGUGACCUCCAUGUACAUAAAAUAAAUGGGAACCAAGAAAGUGACAGCGAAUCUGGAUCUGACAUAGUACAGUUGUCAAGUGAAGAGUCUUCUCCACAGAUUUCAUCCUCAGCAAGUAUUGGACCAGUUGAAGUUACACUGGCACAGGAACUCAAAGAUGUAGAUGAGGAGGAAGACAGUGGAAGAGAUGAUGAUGAACUUACAGGUUUUGAAGUCCAAGAUGAGGAGAGCAUCACACACACUGUAUCUGUUGCACCAAGAGUUUAUAGCGACUCUGACUCUGAUGAGGAAUAUUCUGAGCCUGCAGAGACCCCAGAUCAUCUGGCUCAAGUGGAGAGUGUGCUUGCUGAGCAGUCAUUCUCUGCAAAGCAGAUGCAAAACCUUUCUAACAAUCAGAUAAACACAGCACCACUCCCAAUCACACCUGCAACACCCCCCACCACAGACACAUCAGCUGCACCUCCACCUGUGCUACAUCAUGAAGAACCCCAGACAGAUGCUGUGAUGUGUGGAGGGGGUGACCAGAGCCACCCUGGGGGACUUCAAAUGACACCAAGACAAAUCCAGUACAGUUCAAGAGGAACUCAGCGAGGAUUACAAGUAUCUUCAGUCCUCACUGGAGGUUUUGCUCAAAUUGGUGGAGGGAGUGGAGGUGCAGGUGGUGGUGGAGGAAAUUGGGAUGGAACAAAUUUAACUGAAGAUGUGAAUGCCCAACUAAUGGUUGUUUUGAGGCGUCUACAGACAGACAUGGAAAGUGUUCUCCACCGCUUAAACACCCUAGAAACCCUCACAGUCACCCAACACCAUAAUGUUUGCCAUCACUGUCAGGGUGGCAGCAGCAGUGUCUCGGGUGGUAGUGGACGUCCAGAGCCAUCCUGGUGGCCAUUCCCAGAGCUAUCGCCGCGCUCCACUUUCUUCCUGCUAGCCUGGCCACUUAUGCUUCAUGGGGGUAUCAAACUGCUUCUACUUCUGCGGUCUCGGCGGCGACGUACCUAGGAAAGUCUUGUUGGGUUGCAAUAUGAGAGUUAUGCUUCAUUUAUCAAGAUGGAAGAAAACUUAAUAGAAUUUGGGAUAUCUUUUUAACACUAAUAAUAGUUUUACAUUUUUUUAAUGUAGGUUAAAGAACUAUAUGUAAAAUACGAAUCCAAAGUUUUAGUGAUAGAAAGCACAAUUAUUUCUACUUAGCAUUUUGUGGGACACAACAUAUGAUAUCCUUGGUUGUUUUAGGACAUACGCUAUUAUUGAUAUCUUUAUUUUAUCUACUUUACAUUUAAUUUAAAUUAUGAUUUCUGCCACUUACUAUUACUUCAGCCCUGGCAGUCUUUUGUGCUAACACAUGCUUGUCUAUAUACUCUCUUAUAUUUUGUUUGCCAAGUUAUGAAAAACUAAAUGUAUUUAAGUGUACAGUAUUCAUAAUGUACUGUCACUAAAACAACUCUCCAUUCUGUCAUCUUCCACAUGGCAUGAAGCAUUUUAACUAGUGUUAUCAAUGCUGAAGUAAGUUGGCCCAGCUGUAUAUUAAAUUUUAAUUUAGUUAUUCAAUAACAAUAUUUGGGAAAUUCUAUCGAGUUUCUUCAAAGGAAUAAUAGUCAUUGAAUCUAGUGAGAGCACUCUGUAUACAGAUAACUCAAUCCAUUUUAUAUUUUAUGGAAAAAUAAUUCAUAUGUAUGUAAGUGAGGUUAAUGUACUAAAAAAAUAAAUAAAUAAGAGGGUAAUUCUAUUAUGGUUGAGGAUAAAGCAGUAUUUACUGUAUAUUUGCUACAUUUGUUAUAUAUGUUAAAGGUCUAGUAGGUCAUGUCUAUCUGUUGUCAUCUUUUCCACCACAUUUGUGUGGUGUGGAUCAAGAGACACAGGAACUUUAAGAUGAAGAAUAUUGUACAGGAGAUUAAAUUAAGCGAUGUGGGAUUUCUGUUAUAAACUCAAGUUUAUUUCAGUGAGGGCGAUUGAUUUUAGUGCAAGUAGUCUUUGAGAGGUGAGCAAGGACAAGUAGACAAUAUACUGUAGUUACUUUCUCA